UGGUAGUUUUUGUUUCUACUGAACCGGUCGUGGUGUGUGUCUCCUGUGUGUAACUAGACAAAACAGCCCCACACAUCUUGCCAUUAAAAGUUCGAACAGAUAUGAAAUUGUUUGCCAAUGCGUUGUGACUGAAAAUUAAUGUAAAAGUUCUUCUUGUCACCAGUCAACAGCCAAACAACAGGCCACAUAGACGUUUCUUAAUAUUGUGCCGGAAAGGAACAAAAGGACGAGAGCGGGAAUGAAAACCGAGGCAGACUGGAAGUACUCGCCCGUCCUUUUAUAUCGGCCGGAAAUUCAUCCGUAUGAUUUUCCCAGGAUGAAACCAAGUUUCCCGAAAACGAGAAGAGCACCUCAGGGGGAGGAUUACCUUGUCAGCACGACAACAUUAUACUGCUGGCUGAUUGGAAUCCUUGCUGUGAGCGCCAUCCUCUUUAUCGUGAUGGGAAUUUUGGUGACCAUGUUCUUUUCCCAGAUCAUCGACAAUUUUAUUUACAAGGAGCUGGUCUUGAAAGUUGGUGGCGAGACGUACGAAAUGUGGCGCAAGCCACCCGUCGAGCCUCAAAUGAAGGUUUAUUUUUUCAACGUCACCAACCCGAGGGAUUUCCUUCAAGGCGAGAAGCCUAUUUUUCGCGAAAUUGGGCCUUACGUGUACAACGAAAAAUGGGAGAAGGUUAAUUUCACCUGGCAUCCAAACGGAACCGUCUCGUACCAGCCGACUAAAACCUUCUUCUUUAACCGGGAGCAGUCCUACGGCGAUGAGUCUGAUUUAGUGCAGACACUCAACAUUCCACUCAUCUCUGCAGCGGAUCAGAUGAAAUAUGCCGUCAAGUUAACUCGUCUAGCUCUCGGCUCAAUGUUAGGCGUCCUCAAUCAAGAGACCUUCACCGUCCGCUCCGUUCGGGAUCUCAUGUGGGGCUACAACGACAGUCUCUUCAAGUUGGCCAAGGAUGUGAUGCCUCCCGAGAACGUUGUGCCCCACGAUCUGUUUGGCCUCUUUGUUGGCAAAAAUGGUUCGGCUGCCGACGGAGUUUUCACCAUUUCUACUGGCGCCAAGUCGAUGUCCAACUACGCCGCUAUUGAUAAUUGGAACGGAAUGACCAAGUUGCCGUUUUGGCAAGCGGACAAGUGUAACCGUAUCGUCGGUACUGAUGGAACGGCGUAUCCGCCAGACUUGACACCCAACACCACCAUCCACAUGUUCAAUCCCGAAUUGUGCCGCAGCCUACCGCUCGUCUAUCACAAGGACGUCGUUCACAACGGAGUCGCUGGCUACCGUUUCGGACCUCCGACCAACACAUUCGAUACGCCGGCCACAAAUCCGGAUAACGCUUGUUUUUGUCCACCUGGCACGAUGGAACGUGAUGGCAAUUGCGGUACUCAAGGGCUAUUCAACAUAAGCUCAUGCAAAUUCGGUGCCCCCAUGGCUAUUUCCUGGCCCCAUUUCCUUUACGGAGAUCCAAAACUCCUUGAAAAUGUCGAAGGAUUAUCUCCCGAUCCAAACCGCCACGGCUUUUUCUUAGACUUUCAGCCGAAAUUGACAAUCGCCAUGUCGGCUAAAGCCCGGAUGCAGAUUAAUCUCAUGCUGUCAAAGGUAGAAGACAUCAAACAGGUGGUUGGACUUCGUGAGAUGGCGUUCCCGCUCUUUUGGUUUGAAACUGGAAUUGAUAAAUUACCAGAAGAUGUGAAUCAAAAGCUAAAAAUGGUGGCCGAGAUGCCUGAAGCAGCUCGAGCGGGAAUCUCUUACUCUAUGUUCGGUUUGGGUGGCAUUCUCCUCUUUUGCGUCGCCCUGAUGAUCUGGAAGCGGAUGAAGAGCAAGUCUUAUGGCGCUGGAGGUAUGAACAACGCCGACGUCGAGUUUGAGAAGCGAACAGACGCCGUCACUGUUCACAAAACCAACGGGAAAAGUCGAUCAGCAGAAGAGUCUACUGAUCUGCCCCGAUAGGUCUUCUCCCGGUCGAUUUUGUAUUUAAAUCACUACACCUUUUUUUUUUUUUUGUUCAUCGAGUUCCAAUCGUUUUCUCGCUCAUCUAUGCCUUUCUUGUUUGUUUGUUUUAUUUUUCUUCUCUUCACCUUUGCUAUGUAUUUUUUUUUCCUUUGUGGCCAUUGCGUGUGUGUGAGUUGUACGUGGUGCCAAACGAUUGACGCGGAGGCGUGUGUUUCGAUUGUGACAUUGGCGAAUUAUUAUUGUUUUUUUCUGCUGUUUUCCCUUCUCACUGGAUCAAACAAUCAUCACCAUGUAUCAUAUACUAUAUAGAAUGGAAAUAUCCCGCUCACUAUUUCUUUUUUUUUUAUUGCCCCCAUUUGUUUGUUUCAGUGGUUUUACUACUCCCAUGUCUAUCUUGUAGAGAUUAUCGCCCUAUUGUAUCCCCGCAUGACAACAUUCCUCAAAAUUCUCUUUUGGGGACCCAAAAAAAAAUAAUUUGUGUUUUCCGAUUGUUUUUCCAUUCCCCCUUUUUUUUUUGUUGGAAAUUCCUUUGCGCUCAAAAAUUGCGUGCCUUUCAUUUUGUUUUGCCAGUCCCGGGUUAUUUUGUAGGUAUAAUCGUUCUUCUUUUCUUUAUUUGUGACGCGCUCUCAAAACAUAUCUCGUAAAUUUUGAUGCGGAUGAAAAUUAAUGAUUCCUUCCCCCCCCCCCCAAGGACCCAUGUUUGGAUGUUCAGCAGCGUGAAUGAGCAGAAGUGUUCCAACCGUUUCCUUUUUUUAAAUGAAAAUAAAAGAAAGAAUUAAAAGAAA